UUAAACUGGCCCUGGAGCCUGAAAUCUGCAUUCCAGAUGAAACCUGCAGCAAAGCGGAAGAAGAGAGCCCGGUAUUUUUUUAUUCAGUUUCAAGGGCACUACGUCUGGUUACUGUAGUCAGUUGAGAAUUCAGAACAGUUCAGAAGAUCAAAGAAGGUUGUUUUUGUUUCUUUGGGAGAGAUUUUUGAAGUAUUGCUUUGUCUGGAUUUUUAAUUUUACAGAGUUUUUGUGUUGCUGGAUUAACUAAAGGAGGUUUUAGACAAAGUGGAAAAGGUUACAUGAAAGAAGCUUUCAGGAGUUUUCAGCUGACAGACGUUCACAACCCAUAAGGAAGUAGGAAACUAAUGCGAUUCGUACUGUUCAACGGGCUUUUUCGUUUAUACAGUUGCUCUUCACUUUUAACAAGUAGGAAUUUAGUUGUGUGUAACCAGUAGGAUUGCAGGAAUUGGGGCAGUGAUCGUUGGUCGAGUUUUCAGCUGAGAUUACAGUGCUGGCAGAUUUUCCCUGACAAAAAGCUUUUUGUGUAAAGGAACAAGUAACGAAGCUGCCAAGAACUUUGAAUACUGUAUGUCAAGAUGCAGAGCCUUCUUGUUUCUCUUGGACUGGAGUUGUAAAAUUUGACAGUCGCUUUCAGUCCAUACUACAGCACUAGAAACAGGAAAGGAGGGAUAGUGUGACCUUGGGGAGACUGGCUUUCCUGAUGACACAAAAAGAAGAGCUCCCAUUGCAUUUCCUGUUGUAAGUUAAUAGACUGAACGGAUGUAAUAAACAAUUGUGUAGAAGGUAACUAAUAGUAAUAACAAAAGUAAAAGCUAUAUUGUGGUUUGCCCAACAUGGAAGCAAAUAACACUUCACCUGGCAGCAGUGAGCUUUUAGAUCUAGGGCAUGCAACAGAGACUGAACGCAGACAGCCUUUCUUCACGGCAUUUUCUAUGAAAGCAUUUUUUGGAUUUACUACUAAAUUGGAACCAGCAACUUCGAAAAAAGAAGCAGUACUUAAGGCAUUUCGAACUUUUGAUACUGAUACAAAUACCGAAGCUGCCAACCAAGACAAGGGUGGUGGUGGUCAUGAUGAUCCAGAAGUACAUCAUGUGCUUCCCAAAAUACAGCAGGCUGACCCGGAGCCCGGCGGCCAGGCUGACCCGGAGCCCGGCGGCCAGGCUGACCCGGAGCCCGGCGGCCAGGCUGACCUGAAUAUGGAGUUAGCUGAACAGAAUGAACCAUCUCUUCCUCCUUUAGAGUCUGUACAGCCUCCUUUGUCUGAAUGUGACAGAGAUGACAAGGAUGCCAUUUUUGUACAAAGUACUUUGGCCUAUACAACAAGUGAUACAGCGUCGGACAAUGAGAGUACAGACCUAGACAGUGAUGGAGACGAAACAAACAAAUCUGUGUUAAAUAUUGUGGCUUUGUCUGCUGAGUCUUUAGAGAAUAACAACCAGGCUAAGGAAGAAUUGGAAUCAGAAGGGUCCAGUGAAAGUAAUGCCACUGUGGAGAGAGAUGAAACUGAGUCAACCUCACCAAUUUCUCAGCAGCUUCCAACAGAGCUGAAUGGUGAUCUGGAAUGUAGCUCAGCUAGAGAAGACCAAAUGUUAACAGACGAGCACUGCAUUGGUCCACCUUCUCUAGGGGAAAAUCCUCAAGAGCCUAUGAGUGGAGAAGAACAAGGAUCUUCAGCAAAUGGCUCUAAUAACACAUCCUCCCCAAGAUCAGCCAUAGAUAAAAAGACCUCUCAGCUACCUGCUUUCUUUAGUGGAUUGCGUGUGCGAAAAAAAGGUCUAGCUGCAGAGGAUGGAGAGACUAUCACAGAAAUUAAACUGAAGGACAGUGAUUUGGCUCUGCUUAAAUUAAAACAGCCUGUUAAGAAAUCUAAUAUUACAUCAGACGUGCUCACUAAAAAGAAACCAGCUGAGCCUAAAACAAGUCCUACUUUCCUGGAACAGCUCUCUCAGCUGUUCGUCCCUAAAAGUGAAGAUAAAGCCGAAGAUUCAGGUGAGGAGACUAGUGAGACUGAGACCAGUGAUGAAGGCCAGGAGAGCAAAGCCACUGAUAGAACAGAGACCCUGUCCCCUGCUGAAGAAACAAAACCAAGCCCACCGGAGUCAGCAUUAGAUGCGUUUAAAGCUUUGUUUACCCGGCCUCCAAAAAAGGAGAUAACUGUUGAUACUUCAGAGCUGGAAGCCAUCAAACGCAAAAUGAGAAAUGAAAAGGAGUCGCUGAAAGCAGUAUUUGAAAGAUCAAAAUCAAAGUCUGGGAAUGGAGCAUCUGACCUGAAAUCUCCUGACCUGAAUCCCUCGGAGCAAGAUGACAAAACUCCAGGGAAACUCCAGGCUGUCUGGCCACCACCUGAAAUCAAUGAUGGAAAAGAAAAAGUGGGGUUGAAGUACACUGAAGCAGCUCACCUAAAACUUUACAAGGAGGGACCACCAGAGUACCAUGCUGCAAUUUUGCAAUUAAAGAGGGAAAACAAGGAAGAAGUUGAAAACUUAAAGUCUCAGUUUGAACUCCAGAUCUUUCAUAUUCGUGGAGAGCAUGCUGUAUCGAACACAAAGCUUGAGGAAACCAUUGCAAAUCUCAAGAAUGAACUGGAAAACAACUUAAAUAGAAGAAAUGAGGAAGCAAAGGACGUCUGUGUAUCCACUGAAGAUGAUAACCCACCAAAGACAUACAGAAAUGUAUAUAUACAAACUGACAGAGAAACCUUCAUAAAGCCUAGUAAAGAGGAAAAUAUACCAGUGAAGAAUAACCAAAUGGUACCUAAAAAGCUUAAUAUUUCUUCUUUAAAUCAUAGUAUUUCUGUCCCAAAUGACAAUAAGGAACCAUGUCACUGUACACAGAUUUCAGAAAGUCUCGCAUCUUGUGAACAGAAACCAAUGGUAGUAUCUCUACCACCACCCCCACCACCUCCUCUUCCUGAACUUUCACUACCAGCUUUAGUUCCUCCACCACCUCCCUUGUUACCAGAUUUGGCAUCCACUCCAUUGACAUCCCAGUUUGGAUCUGGGCCACUGCCACUUCCUUCAGGUUGUGGGAAUCUUCCACCGCCGCCACUGCCGCCGCCACCACCACCACCACUCCCAGGUUUUGGGCCUCCUGGUCCACCUCCCCUGCCUGGCUCUGGGCCACCUCUACCGGGAAAUGGGCCUCCUCCUCCACCGCCACCUCCUGGGUUCUUUUUCAAUAGCACUCUGUCUUCAAACCAAGGUCCUCGAAAGCCUGCCAUUGAACCUAGCUGUCCCAUGAAGCCUUUGUACUGGACUAGGAUACAAAUCAAAGACAGCAGCAAAACAUCUAUACCAACUUUAUGGGAUUCAUUAGAAGAACCUGACAUAGUUGAUACUAGUGAAUUUGAAUAUUUAUUUUCCAAAGAUGCAGUUCAGGAAAAAAGAAAACGCUUAUCAGAGUCUUAUGAAAAGAAAACAAAGGCCAAAAAGAUUAUCAAACUGCUGGAUGGAAAGCGAUCUCAAACUGUAGGAAUUUUGAUAUCCAGUUUGCACCUGGAAAUGAGGGAUAUUCAACAAGCUACACUAAAUGUGGAUGACUCCAUAGUAGACCUGGAAACACUGGAAGCACUGUAUGAGAAUAGAGCGCAAAAGGAUGAACUGGAGAAAAUAAAGCAGUAUUAUGAGACUUCAAAGGAAGAAGAACUGAAGCUCUUGGACAAACCAGAACAAUUUUUGUAUGAGUUAUCCCAGAUCCCCAAUUUUGCAGAACGUGCCCAAUGUAUAAUCUUCCAAUCUGUUUUCUCUGAGGGGAUAACCUCAGUGCAUCGUAAAGUGGAUGUUAUUACUCGUGCUUCUAAGGAUUUGCUGGACAUGACAAGUGUGAAGGAAAUUUUAGGCUUGAUUUUGGCUUUUGGAAAUUAUAUGAAUGGGGGGAACAGGACACGAGGUCAAGCAGAUGGAUUUGGUUUGGAAAUUCUUCCCAAACUAAAGGAUGUCAAGAGCAGAGAUAAUGGUAUUAAUCUUGUGGAUUAUGUUGUCAUAUAUUACCUACGACACUUCGACAAGGAUGCAGGAACAGACAAGAGUAUUUUUCCUCUACCAGAACCACAAGAUUUCUUCCAGGCCUCCCAAGUUAAGUUUGAAGACCUAGUAAAAGACUUAAGAAAACUGAAGAGAGAUCUAGAAGCCUGUGAAAAGCAGAUGAGAGUCGUUUGCAAAGAAUCUUCAGAACAGCAUCUCCAGCCCUUCAAGGAUAAAUUGGAAGAGUUUUUUCAGAAAGCUAAAGAAGAACAUAAGACAGAAGAGAGCUCUUUGGAAAAUGCACAAAAAAGCUUUGAAGAAACAGUGGGAUUCUUUGGGAUAAAGCCAAAGUCUGGUGAGAAGGAGAUCACACCAAACUACAUUUUCACUGUGUGGUAUGAGUUCUGCAGCGACUUCAAGACCAUUUGGAAACGAGAGAAUAAAAACAUUUCCAAAGAAAGACUGAAAGAGGCUCAGAAAUUCGUAAGCAAGUUAACUGAAGAGAAAAAGGUUGAAACAAAGAAAAUCAAUCCCACGGCUAGUCUGAAAGAAAAACUACGUCAGAAGGAAGCCAGUGUGACCGCUAACUGAAAGAAGACACAUGAAAAUAAUGACAGUGUGACUUAAUACCUUGCAUGAUGCUUUACUCUGCCCAUUCCCCAGGGAGCACCUUAUGUCAAUGUUAUGCAGUUCUGCUUUUCUCAUCUCUUUCUGAGACAAUCCACUAAAGACUUUCCAAUCCUUUAUAAAGAGUUUGCUCAUUCAGUAGCGGGAACACUAAGAAGCUGUUUACAGGGGAAUUGUGAAGGGUUUUAUAUAACUCUUCCUUACAUGGCUUAAAAUGCAAUUCUUUUCUAAAUGGUUAUUUAAAGUACUCUAUGCAUUGUGCACUAAUGCAGAAAAGAUAAACACAGGAUUUUGGAUGUUGAAUUAAGUAACAGCUAACAACCUGUAUAUUGCUUACUUUAGCUUCAUGUAGAUUACCACAGAGGUACAGUUCAACUCAUGAGAGGCUAUUCUAUCGUAAGCUUUUAGACCUCAGGACAACUGAGGGCAACUUUGAUUCUAAAUCAUUUUUGAUAGUCUAAAUAAGUAUUAAAUUCAUUUUGUUAAAACUGAUGCAAGUUUAUUAUCAUUAAUGUAUUCUGUAUUUUAUUACAAUUAUUUUUAUAGAAAACUCAGUCUAUGCCAUAUGCAUUGAAAUAGGAAUAAUAUUUUGCACAUGUGGAGAGAGAAAUAGCUUCAGAUUCUGUUGUCUUAUAAUAUGUAGAUGAUAUAACUGGCAAAUUAUUUUUAUGGUUUUGACUUGAUGUUUCUUAUGUGUUCUUCAUUUUGCCUGAUUCAAAAAGACAAAGGACAGAAGCAUUUUUUUUUCCAAAUUAUCAAUGCCAUAAGAUAAUUUAUUUGUUAUCAUUCAUCUAACUAUAGUGCAUAACACAUCUCCAUUGAGUCAUAUAUUUACUGCUAAAGUUCUGGCUUUAAAUUCUAUUGAAGUUCAUAUUCUUUAACAAUAAGCACCUCACUAUAAAACAUACUAUACAACCUU